AUAGUCCCAACUCCCAAGUAACUUUACUCUCUGUUGUUUCACUUUUCCCUGAUUCUGCAGAUUCCAUGGCUUCAUCUUCAAUUUUCCGGUUCAUCAUCGGCUUCAUCCUUCUUGUUAACCUAACUCUAGGAAUCGGCGGCGAGAUUGUCUUCGAGGAAGGUUACACUGUAACUACAUUAAUCGACGGAGACAAGCUUAACAUCAACCCUUACUCCGUCUUCUCUCUGUAUGGAUCAUCGUCCGAUCUCAUCAUCCUCGACCAUGUCAAAAGUACAAUUUACACAGUCUCGUUUUCCGAUUCUCAAGGGGUUGAUAUCAAGAAGCUCUCUGGUAAUGGUGAUGCUGGGUAUAUGGAUGGUGAUUUGGGGUCUGCCAUGUUUAAUAAGCCCAAAAGCUUUGCUCUUGAUAGGAAAAACAACAUUUACAUUGCUGACAUGACCAACCAUGUGAUAAGGAAAAUAAGCAAAUCAGGCGUGACCACAAUUGCUGGGGGCUACGUACGAAAGACAGGCAAAGCGGAUGGACCUGCACAGAAUGCUUCGUUUUCUGAUGAUUUUGAGCUGGCUUUCGACCCUCAGAGAUGCACAUUGUUGAUCUCUGAUCAUGGUAAUAGAUUGGUCCGUCAGCUUGAUCUGAAGGCUGAGGAUUGUGCUGGCAGUUCUUCCGGAUCUGGACUCGGAUCAACGACAGCCUGGGGCAUCGGCAUGGGAGUUGCUUGUUUAAUUGGGUUGAUCAUCGGGUUUGCCAUUCGUCCUUACGUCCUCCCUCAUACAGGAAGCUUCAGGCCAUCCUCGGUUCAACACGACAUGGAAGCAUUACCUAAUCCAUCUGGGGAAACAAGCACGGACCUCCUUCUUCGUCAACAGAAGCGCAAUUGCUAGUAAUAAUCUCUACAAACUCUUAAAUAAGCUUCUUAGGUUAUCUUUCUCUCAACUCUCCCUAGUUUUUGGCCUUAACAUGAUCCGCCCCCCAACUCCGCCCCCACCUGUGAAAUUUGUGUCUUUAUUAGAUUGCGAUCACGUAGGUAAGAAUGAAACAAUCGAAACCCAGGAUUUAGUUGACGAAUUAAAAGACUUGAUCACUUUAGAUGGUUCCCUUAACCCUAAACCGGUUUUAUCGUAUCAAGAAAAUCCGUAUCGAGUUGAAGAGACGAAGAACGAUGAGUUUCUAGAAACACGUGGGAAGUUAGAUAGGCAAAUACAUGCCAACUUUGCGGGUUUUGUAGAAAGUAGUAAAAGAACUUCGUCGGUUGAAUCCCGGGGGUUGGUCCUUUGAUUAUGUAAGAUAUGGAAGAUCGGGGGUUUGUUAGAAGUUUGGUUUUUCGGUCUCGUUCAGUAACUGUAUCAUGUUAUCUUGCACGCGAAGUUAAUUGAAUACUACGUAAACGAUAUGAUGUCUUUCUAUUUCUCUAACUUAUCGAUGCAUGAAUAUAUUGAUUACUAUCGAAUUUGAUUUGUUGUGUUGUC